CUCCGGGGUGACGUCAUGUUCGGCGGACCCGCAAAGGAAGAGGGCGCCAUGAUUGGUUGGCGCCGGGGCGGCGGGCGGUGGAGGACCCUGGCGAGUCUAGGUUUCCAGCCGGUGCUGGACUUUCCCCUUCCAUGUUCCGAGGCUCUGGGGGACUGCAGAGGGCGGGGAGUCGGCUCGGCGGAGACCUGGAUUGGGUUCUAAGAGCCGUGGGGUUGAGAAGGGGUGACCGGAAGUGAUCUUGGGACUGACCGGAAGCGAGGCCUGGAGGGGAAAGGGAGAGCGGGUCCCGGGAGGGAGGGGGGCUUCCAGCAGAAGGGGACGGGGGAGAAAGGUGCGAAAGCGCCGUGGGAGUGCCGGGUAGGGAGUGGGUCGCUGCUGCUGGUCUGUUUGGGAGGCAGCAAGUGACCACCACGAGCUCGAGGGGAGAGCCCAAGCAGUGGGAGUGCGGGAGCCUAGGGCUGCCUCAGCGGAAUCUGGAAUAGCUAAGCACAGGGGCCCUCGCACGGCUCCAAAGAACUGGGUGGGAGGGAUUUUGGAAGUCGAGGCAGGAGCCAGGAGCUGAGGGUACGGCAGAUUAGUUGUGCGGGAAGUGCGGUUCGGGCUUGGGGGUGGUCGGUGGGGACGGCGUGGGAGAUCUUGGUUUGGAGUUUUCCAGUCUUGCCCCCAUUGGGUAGAAUCACACUACUUGCCUUUGUACAAGAAACGGUGUCUCCUGGGGCAAGGAAGGAGCCAGCAUGGCCUGGGCUCUGAAGCUGCCUCUGGCCGAUGAAGUGAUUGAAUCUGGGCUGGUGCAGGACUUUGAUGCUAGUCUGUCCGGGAUCGGCCAGGAACUGGGUGCUGGUGCCUAUAGCAUGAGUGAUGUCCUUGCAUUGCCCAUUUUUAAGCAAGAAGAGUCAAGUUUGCCCCCUGAUAAUGAGAAUAAAAUCCUACCUUUUCAAUAUGUGCUUUGUGCUGCUACCUCUCCAGCAGUGAAACUCCAUGAUGAAACCCUGACAUAUCUCAAUCAAGGACAGUCUUAUGAAAUUCGUAUGCUAGACAAUAGGAAACUUGGAGAACUUCCAGAAAUUAAUGGCAAGUUGGUAAAGAGUAUAUUCCGUGUAGUGUUCCAUGACAGACGACUACAAUACACUGAACAUCAGCAGCUGGAAGGCUGGAGGUGGAACCGACCUGGAGAUAGAAUUCUUGACAUUGAUAUCCCAAUGUCUGUGGGUAUAAUCGAUCCUAGGGCCAAUCCAACCCAACUGAAUACAGUGGAGUUCCUGUGGGACCCGGCAAAGAGGACAUCUGUGUUUAUUCAGGUGCACUGCAUUAGCACAGAGUUCACUAUGAGGAAGCAUGGUGGAGAAAAGGGAGUGCCAUUCCGAGUACAAAUUGAUACCUUCAAGGAAAAUGAAAACGGGGAAUAUACUGAGCACUUACACUCAGCCAGCUGCCAGAUCAAAGUCUUCAAGCCCAAAGGUGCAGACAGAAAGCAAAAAACAGAUAGGGAGAAAAUGGAGAAACGAACACCUCAUGAAAAGGAGAAGUAUCAGCCUUCCUAUGAGACAACGAUACUCACGGAGUGUUCUCCAUGGCCUGAGAUCACAUAUGUCAAUAAUUCCCCAUCACCUGGCUUCAACAGUUCCCACAGCAGUUUUUCUCUUGGGGAAGGAAAUGGUUCACCAAACCACCAGCCAGAGCCACCCCCUCCAGUCACAGAUGUAAGUCUAAAGUUAAAUAACCUCUUGCCAACAACCACACCUCAGGAAGCUCAGCAGUGGUUGCAUCGAAAUCGUUUUUCUACGUUCACAAGGCUUUUUACAAACUUCUCAGGGGCAGAUUUAUUGAAACUAACUAGAGAUGAUGUGAUCCAAAUCUGUGGCCCUGCAGAUGGAAUCAGACUUUUUAAUGCAUUAAAAGGCCGGUAUGUAAUUAGUGUUAAAAUACCCGUGAGGUUGGAUUUCAAAUGGAUUUGGAUUCAGGGACUCUUCACAGUACUCUUUGCACAGCUAACUGCGUCUUGUCAAAACAUUCUUUGCGAAUGCCAGCUCUGUACCAAAUAAGCAAAGAUGAAAAUAUCCUUUCCUACAGUUGAUUCAAGGAAUGCCCCAUGAUACCCCAUUUUUCCUUUCCAGGUAGUUUUUUCAUUCGAUAAAUAUUCGUUAUCCCUAUCGUGAGCCACGUACUAUUGUAGGCUCUAGGGAUAUGUUGGUGAGCAAAACACACAAGGUACCCAUUAUCAUGAGUUCACUUUCUAACGGGGAGAGAGAGAAAAAUGUAAACAGUAUUUUGGAUAGUGAUAAGUGCUUUGAGGGAAAAGCAAACAAAUAAACAAAAACAAGGUUAUCACCUGUAGAGCACCCAGAAUCUGGUCAGGAAAGACCUCUCUGAAGUGGGGGCACUUAAACUGAAUUAGGGUAAGGACGGAAGCUGUGGAAUCAGAGGAGGGAAGAACACUCUAGGCAGGAGGAACAACAGGUGCGAAGGCUCGAAGUCUUUUAACUGAAGAAGACGUCAUUCUUGGAUAGGAAAUACGUGUCUGCUUACGAAUUGUAAUACAGAGUCAUUUGUAGUCCCCACACGGAAUUUAGAAUUUCAAACAGGUAGUGGUAUGAAUGGAAAAAACAUACAGGUUAGUGCCACAGAACCAAAUCGGUGACUAAAUAAUGAAACAGAUCGUGAAGUAUUUUGUUUGGGUACAUCACAAGAACUGUGGAAUCAGCUUGGCUCUAAUCUUGGAAAAUUUUAAAGAGAGAGGAAAAGUUCAGAGGUUGAGGACUUGGAGAAAAAGGAAUGGAUCUUUUAUUUUUUAGCAUAUUACUUAAAGAGCAUUUAAACAUAGGAAGGAAUGAGAUGAUCGGAUCAAGGGGUAAUUGAAUGCUGUUGUCUAAGAAGUAAGAACAGAAAGGAGGCUUAGGCUACUUAGGAGAAGGUAAUGAGGGAAGUGAGAUUCUCCAGUUCAUUAGCGUGGUGCUUCCAAGGAGAAGGUAUAUGUUGACCUGGACCCAUGAAACAGUGGCUCACACAUGUUGAAUAUUUCUAAACUUUACCUCAAAGGUCAUAAACUCAAAUGACUACAGAGGCCAGAUGUAAAUGAGUGACAGUGGGUGUACUGAAGAAUGCAUGAAUCACGCAAGGAGAACAGCUGAUUGUUUUCUUGUAAGUGUCAGGGUCUCAGAUUGCCAGAUCCGGUUUUUUAAGAAAAGCCAAAUGUCCCGACACACGAUGUGGGAACGAAUUCAUUUAAAAUGCACGCGCACACGCACGCAGACACACGCACAUCCCAGUGGGGAGCUGACAAAACAGCAGAUGAGCUCCCUUGGCCCGCGGGCUGCCAGUUCUCGGCCCCACUGUAUAGCGUUAACAUAGAUACACAAGCUCUCCCUUAAAAUGUGCUUCCCGUGAAAACUGUAAGACUAACAGCCUUGUUUUCCUCCUUAGGAUGGUGCGCCCAAGGCUAACCAUUUAUGUUUGUCAGGAAUCCCUGCAGUUGAGGGAGCAGCAGCAGCAGCAGCAGCAGCAGAAGCGUGAGGAUGGA